UGUGUGCAGCAUGCCCUUUACCUAACUCAGAAGCAAUGGCGACCAACAGUGAAACUACAGGAGCUGAGAUAACGCCUCAAGAUGAAGACAAGACCUCUCACGAGCGCUCAGUGCUUGCUACCAACCCUCCACCACCACCUGUCCCGCAGAGCAGAGCAAGUUUAGUGGACCUGGCAGUCAAGUUUCUGACCAAUCCCAGAGUGACUGGUAGCCCGAUGGACCAGAAGAGAGCUUUCCUCACAAAGAAAGGUCUGACAGAGGCAGAGAUUGACCAAGCCAUACAGUUAGCAGGCGUAUCAAACACAGCUUCAACCAUUACUGGCCCGUUUGCACCACCCCCACUCCCUGCACGAACUUUGACCCCAUCAUCGCCCACCUCGUGGCGAGAGUAUGCACUAAUAGCAGCUGUAGUAGGCGGAGUCGGAUACGCAGUCUACCAGUUUGUUAGAAGGUUUGUGUUGCCAUGGUUUGAGGGGCGUGGCAAGCAGGAGCAGAAGCUGACAGACAUCCAGUCAUCAGUGGAGCAGCUGGAGACCAACAUCAGAGACAUGGUUACCAGCCUCAAUACAUCCACUAACACCCUGAGGGACUUGUUGUCAGAGCAGCAGCGUCACCUGCAGCUCCUCUCCACUCAGGUGACAGGGCUUCAGUCCAGCAUGGCGGGACAGGCAGGAGGUGAUGGGGCACCUCUCAGAGAGAUCAAGGAAGAUGUCAGCACUCUGAAGGGACUACUAUUGAGCAGACACCAGUUCCCUCCCACUCCGUCGCGUAGCAACGGUCACGGCUCAGGGAUACCUCAAUGGCAACGUGCCACACCCACUAAACCCAACGGACUGACCUCUGAUGGCAGCAGUAAUGGUUCCAGCCCUGAGACAACCAGCAAAGGUGGUCUGGUGAAUGGGGCAGAGUCUGGGAGCGAGACAGCCAGCAAAGGUGGUCUGGUGAAUGGGGCGGAGUCUGGGAGCGAACCAACUGACGUGAAACAAGAGCAAGAAGAAGAAACCAACUGAACUAAACAUGCCUUUAUUCUUUUAUUCUUUCAUGCAGGAACAUAAAUUUGCCAAUUGAUUUCAUUUUCACAAUUAUAAUUUGAUGAUUUUCUUUGUAUCUGUUUGUGUGUGCUUUACAGAAAUUAAUGACAAACUGAAAAA